GUUUCUCACUCCGUCAAGUCCUAACUCUGCAUCUUUGAGCCCUUUCCCGCCUACUUAAACCUCGUUGCCGGCAAUGCUCUCCCAGAUUCCGAAACCCCUCUCCUUCUUCCCCAAUCCUUCCAUUCCCAUUCCCAACCCCAACUCUCUAUCUCUCCGCUUCUCAACUCCCAAUCCCUCACUCUCGCUCACUGACCUUCCCCUCCGCCGCCGUCGAUCCCCAUUCCUCUCUAUGACCUCCGCCCCCGACCGCCCAGACGCCGUCGUUCCCGGCGUCUACGAUAUUGAGCUCGAUCGCUUCGCCGUCGUUGCCAAUAAGGUCGCCGACGCCUCCGGCGAAGUCAUUCGGAAAUAUUUCCGGCAGAAAUUCGAUAUUCUCGAUAAAGCAGAUUCAAGCCCUGUGACGAUUGCGGAUCAAACAGCAGAGGAGCAUAUGAUUUCAGUUAUAUCAGAGAAUUUUCCUUCUCAUGCUGUUUAUGGAGAGGAGAAUGGAUGGAGGUGCAAAGAGAAAUCUGCAGACUAUGUUUGGGUAUUAGACCCUAUAGACGGGACAAAAAGUUUUAUCACCGGAAAACCCGUGUUUGGUACUCUUAUUUCUCUGCUACUGCGGGGAAAACCAAUCCUUGGUAUAAUUGAUCAGCCUAUUUUAAGAGAAAGAUGGCUUGGGUUAAGUGGAAGACAAACUACAUUAAAUGGAAAACUAGUGUCGACUCGCACUUGCGCAAACCUGGCACAGGCUUAUCUGUACACUACUAGUCCACAUCUGUUCAGUGCAGAAGCAGAAGAGGCAUUUAUUCGCGUCAGAAAUAAGGUUAAAGUGCCAUUGUAUGGAUGUGACUGCUAUGCUUAUGCCCUUCUGGCUUCUGGUUAUGUGGAUCUUGUUGUUGAGUCUGGUCUCAAGCCAUACGAUUUUCUUUCAUUGAUACCUGUGAUAGAAGGUGCUGGGGGUGUCAUAACUGAUUGGAAAGGACAUCAGCUUUUUUGGGAAGCUUCUGCCAAUUCACAUGCAACAAGUUUUAAUGUAGUGGCAGCUGGAGAUAAACAGAUUCACCAACAAGCUCUAAAUUCAUUACAAUGGGAAUGAAUAAAAAUAAUGCUGCAAUGCUUCAAUUAUAUUUCAUAGACCAACUACAAAUAUGACAUCAUGGACCUAGGUGGAUUGAUCAUGGGUAAGAUUUUAAAUGCAAAAGGUAAUUGCGAAUAGCUGCCAUCGUAUUCGUAUGAUAUAUCGGCGCAUCACAAUUAUAGAUUUGAAUUUGAAAGUAAAAUGGAUGCUCCUUUUCUUGUUUGUUGGUGUUUUUUGACCAUCUCGUCUUCAGUUGUAAAGGUGAAAGAACCCAACACCACCUUCAACUUUUUGUGCGAGAAAGGAAUUGAAAAGGAGUGGCGUUUGUAAUUGCAUCGAGGCAAUAAUUGUCUUGUGAAAACUUGAUUUGUUGAGUAAAUAUGCUACUCUUGUUCAUUCAAGGUUCUGGCAAUAUAUGUGGCUCAAGUGAUCCGAC